AUGAUCCUGCCGCCAGUGCAGCAGCUCAUCGCGUAUCGUCAAAAGACGACCAACAACAAGUGCAGCGACGUUCGGUGCGACGACGUGUGGCUGACGCGCACCGACCUUUUCGGCGUCGAGUCGGCGCGCGAAAGCUUCUCGGGCACAACGGUCGAUGAUCCUCUCGACGAGUGGAAGACGUGCAUGGGCGCGCCCAUCACCAACAAUGAAUGGACGAAGUUGACCACGUCCGUCUUCACCGCGUCGUCGGACAUCCUCCACGUGUAUACAUGCGCACGGUCGUGCAAGUACGACCUCGCGCUCAAGGAACAUAUUCCGUCCCAAAUCCAUUUGCGACGGCGAGGCGCGUUUGACCAGCAAGUGACGGCCCGGUCCACCGACUUGGUGUCGUCGUUCAGCUCAAGGCGGCGCCGACCAAGGUCCCGAUCCAAGGCCCGCAGCUGUGUUCCCGGGCUGCAACUACCGCCACCGACCGACAGGGUCAAGAAGGAACUGCACUUCGACGUGUCGUGCGAUAGCACCGCCCCCGACUUUGCCACGUUUUGCACAAGCCAGCUCCAAGUCAAAAUGAGCGACCUGUUCGCGCUCGAGGCGACGCUGAACCCAAACCCGGCCGUGACCGCGCUUCUAACUGGCCGGACGACGUCCGCGGCCUCGAUCGUGUUCUGGCGCGUCAGAAUGAGUUUUGAUGGUGAGCUUUCUUGA